AUGAGAUGUCUCCUUUGUGGGGGCUGCGAAGUGAAGUUACUUUGUUCCUUCGUUUUGGUCAAAUCAAUACAAAUCCAGGUCGGCUUAAUCCGGAAGUUUCGAUAUCCAGUGGAACAGUAUCCUGUAUUAACGAAGGAUGGCUACUUGUUAAGUCUCGUACGGAUCCCAUUAUCGCGAGGAAUACCCAAAGCGUUCAAGACCAGACCUGGACCGCCCGUUCUACUUGUUCAUGGUAUUAUAUCAUCAGCGGAUGACUGGGUUCUUAAUUAUCCGUGGAACUCCCCUGGCUUUCUUUUAUCUGAUGCUGGCUACGACGUCUGGCUCCUCAACACACGCGGGACGCCCUACUCAAGACACCUCAAACAUCAGAAGCGGAGCACAGCCUAUUGGGACUACUCGUUCGACGACAUUGGACUGUUUGACGUUACUGCUGGGAUUGAUUUCGUGCUCCGCUCCACCGGAUUUUACCGAGUAACAUUGAUUGGCUGGUCACAAGGCUCAACAGAUAUUUUCGUCACCCUUUCUCUACGGCCAGAGUACAACGCUAAGGUGAAGCUUUUUGUAGCUUUAGCACCUGUUGCGAAUAUAACACAUCUCAACUCACCCAUCACCAUGUUCAUUCCAUUCAAAGGCAUCAUCAAGACAACUGUCGAUCUCUUUAAUGGUGGCGGAAUAUUUCCAUCGUCCCGAACAUCGCGGACCCUGUACCAUCAUCUUUGCAACUCACAUAUUCGAGCUUUAUGCUACAUGCCCGUUACCAUGGGCGUCGGCAUAAGCCCCCAUCAGCUCAAUAGGACCCGGAUUCCCGUCUAUAUGGCUCAUAUGCCUUCAGGAACUUCAACGAAAAAUCUCGUUCAUAUGGCUCAGAACCGCAAUCGCAAGGAUUUCUGUCGUUUUGACUAUGGGGAAAAGGAGAAUAUAUGGCGAUAUGGAACCUCCUAUGCUCCUCGGUAUCCCCUCCAUAAGAUCACGGCUCCCAUUGCUCUGUUCUGGGGAAAAAAUGACCGAUUAGCUACCCCAGAAGACGUAAGCACUCUUCGAAAGGAGAUCCAUCAUGCCAUUGUUUAUGAUUAUCUUGUUCCCGACCCGCAAUUCGCUCAUCUGGAUUUUAUGAUUGGAAUCAAUGCAAAUCACCUCUUACAUGAACCCAUUAUCCAUCUUCUAAAUAGGUUUCAUCAUGGAGAACAUCUUGGCCUGUAUCGCCCUGAGCUUCAUCAAACGUAUGUUGGUCCGCCCAUUCCGCCAUUCCCACUGCCACCACUAGAUGCUCACAAGAACCCGCUAAGGCUGCCAGUUUUUGGCAUCAAAUUCGCAUCGAUUCCUGUAGGUGGGUCCUGGAAAAAACCUUCGCUCCCUAUUACCAUACAAGCACCGCCUCAUCUCCCCACGGUACCUACCCAUCUAUCACAAGUUCCGCCACAAAAAUUACAGCCACCGUCUCUUUCCGUGGCUCCUUCCCUGCAGGCGAUUUCUAGGCCACGGACCCCAGAUACGCAAUUGCAGCUGGUUGGUUCCGACUUUGUUCAGUUCGGGCAGGCGUAUUCGCUUCAGCAACAAUUACCGAAGUCGCUUUCAGUCGGCAGCCACAGCAAUUUCGGGGCGUUCCAUCACUCUCAGCCUGUUAUGCCCCAGGCAAUACCUCCCGAACUUUUUUUGUUUCAUUCAGAGGAUAAUUUUUUUGGCAAGGUUUUCCGACCGCCUCCUGCUCGUCGUUCAUAUCCAACUUCAUCGCACAGAAUCACUCACUUUCUGCAAAGACCUCAUAUUAAUGUCAAAAAAGUCAAUCAGCGGUUACAUCUCGAGGAUACAAACAAAAAAGUUACGCCUCAUUUUUCAACGUCGGGCUCUAUCGCGGACCAUCCAUCGGUACCGGUUCAGCGCGCGAUGCUUGUACCUCCAGCUGAGUGUUUUGCCAACCACGGCCUUCGAAGGAAAAGAGUUAUCAUGCACCCAGACAACAACGGAGGUUUUCAAACCGAUUGGUUUCCGGUAACGCAAGGCUUCCAAGAACUCACACUAUACGACCUUCUACCAUCUGUUUCUACUAGAGGGCAAAGCGAGGUUUUUGCCCUGCCUGAUCCACGACAAGCCCAAGCAAACAUAAGCUUCCAUGGAAACACGGAUUCUGACAAAAAAAAGACUAUCUUGCGGGGAUCAAUUCGCGGCCCCCAUCAAAUGUAUGGCAAGGGCUUAUGAUAAUGGUAUUAGGAUAAAUCUUCCUUACAAAUAUCUGUUAAGCCAUUUCAUUAGUGCUACAUUUGUACUGUUUAUGCUCUCAAAGUUAUACUUUUUGGAUAACAGGAAUUUGAUACUGUAGAAUUGUAGAUCUUUGUCACUUGAAGUCAGAUCACAACCUUAGCCUUUCGUUCCCGCUGUCUGCCCUUCUUACUUUGUAAUAGAACUGGUUUCAGUUUUGGUUACAUUCGCUCCCGGCAUUCUAAUUUAGUUUACGGAAUG